AUGGCCGUGACCGCCCAGCAGCAGGAGACUGCCUCAGAUUUCAUCUUUCCCAAAAGCUAUAACUUCCCACCCUUUUUCAGUGCCCAACCAACGGCACUGACACGACAAGCCCAGCUUCGAAAAUGGUCUAUCUUUGUUCAAAAAUACUGUCGACACCAUCGCAUCUACCAGUUAACCAUCAUUGAAGUUCUAGAAACCCCCUUGUUCCAUAAUGUGGCCUUGAAGAAGCGCCUGAGUUUAAAGGAUGCCAAGGCCGUCAUUGAUUAUAUGGUAAGCAAGGAGGGGGAUGAGAGGGCAGAGUGGUUGGGACCCGAAAAGUCCUCAGCCUGGAUUUGGUGGCGCAAGCCUGAGGAAUGGGCAACCAUCAUUGCCGCCUGGGUGGAAGAAACUGGCCAAAAAGGGACUGUUCUGACCCUGUAUGAAAUUGUCCAAGGCGAGGCUACGGAAAAGCAGGAAUUCUAUGGCCUAGACAUGGAUAUCCUGAGAAAGAGUCUCAACACUCUAGUGAAAAAAGGCAAGGCGCAGAUCUUUGGCACAGAUGACCAACAAGGUAUCAAGUUCUUCUGA